UAACUGUCACUAGUUAUUGCGAUGGAGUUGGUCUCAGGACCUCUACUGGACCAGUUUCCUUUUGUUGCUGGUCACAGUAGACAAACUUUAUUCGACCCUGAGGUUGAACUCUUGUGGUUAGUGCAUGGUCUCAAGUGGUUCCAAGAGCUAACUUUAUCUACACAUUUCAGGUCAUCUACAGUUGGUGGUCAAUUAGCCUCUUAUCGUUGUGCAGAUCUCUCUAGAUAUUCCUCUAUCCAAGUUUGUUAUCCAGAUGGUUCUGCUUCGUCCCAGUUGGGCCUUGUACGAGACUUUACCAUAAGCUCCCAUCUGAUAUUUGCUGCUACUUAUAAAGGCUUGCGUACCUAUUCUAAAGGUUGCCUUUUGAAGGAUGAUGGUCAUAAGCAUCCUUCGCUUCAGUCGUCUAUGCGUUGUGUUGUACUGAAUCCUUUUCAUCAAGUUCAAGUGUUUUGUGCCAAUGAUACUGGACAGGGAAUGCUUGUCGAUUCCGAACGUUUUCGAAUCAUUCGUCAAGAGAAUAUGAGUUCUAUUCCGGAUUCGUGUAUUACUACUUGUUCUUGGAAUACUCAGGCAUUGGUUACAGGAGAUUCGAAAGGAAAGCUGAGUAUUAGAGAACCAGCUUCCUUUCGAGAGUUGUUGGCAACUUGUGCAUUUCUAGGACCUAUUUUUGAUAUAAGUACCAGUGACUACCAAAUUGCAGUUGCUGGAAUGUCUUCGUUGACAAGUCCUCAAGCGAUAGAGACCAACGUCAAACUAUUCGAUAUUAGAAAAUUGUAUCCACUUCAAACUAUCUUUGCUGGAGGCGUUCCACUCGAACUUAAAUUGGAUAUAUAUGGCACUACACUUGGAUAUUCGGAGAACAAACUACUUUGGAUACUGAAUAGUCUUGGAGUCUUAGAAUGCUUUAAUAUAUCUGAUGACCCUGUUACUUUGAUUCAUAGUAUAGUAUAUGACGAAACAAUGAAUACCUUUAUUACGAGUUUUGAUGUCUCAAAAAUGGGUCCCAUUGCUUUGGCAGACUCUACAGGAAUGUUUCAUAUUUGGUCCUAUACAGAACAAAAUAUUGAAGAGGAUAACUGUUCCUUUCGUAUUCAUUCCAUUCCAAUUUAUCCAAAGGAACCCGUUUUGUCUACUUCAUUCGGUUCUCAGAAAAUGGACAUUACAAAUAUCGAAACUGCUAUGUUAAGGUCAUCUUUUGCGUUUGGACAACAAGAUAUCCUUUGUGAUGAGCCAGAGAGGGAUUGGUUAGCUUCUUUACUUGGUCAUCAUUGUAAUGAACAUUUGGAUAGUUCUGUUCGAAGGAACACAUAUCGUAGAGUUGAUCCUAAAGUGUUGACACAAAUACACAAAAUGGGCAAAUUCUCCUUUGUUCCAGUUCCUUCUUCUUUUGAACAAAAUGACUCAUAUGGAUGGAUUGAAUAUAUUCCGAGUUCGAAUGCGGGUAUGAUAAAAAACCAAGAGAGAGAAGAAUUUCAAGAUAGUCCAGCAUACCGUUGUGUAUAUACCCAGAUUGACUUAUUAGCUCUUCAAUCAUUUGAAGGAUUCGACUAUACUUUAUAUAAUAAGAGCCCUUUUUGUGGAUUAGAGAAUGGUCUUCCCAACUCUUAUGUGAAUUCUGUGAUUCAAUCCUUGUUCUUUUUGGAUGAAUUCCGCGAAUAUGUGAUACCUUUACACAGAAUCCAAGUUGAAGAAGAGUAUUGCUUGAUGGAUGAACUUUCACUUCUAUUCCAAAUGAUGAAAGUUGGUUCCGGAGAAGCGUGUGAAGCAUCCAACUUUAUGAGAGCUUUUCAAAGAAUUCCAAACACUACUGCAUUAGGUUUGUUGGACGGACCAACAGCUCAUCCCAUUGGAUUAAGAAUAGAAAGUUUUAUUAGAUACAUGUUGGAACAACUAUCUCGAGAUGAGGAAUCCUUUCAGUUGAGUAGUUUGGAAGAGAACGAUCAAAAUGCUGUCUACUGGAAGAAGGACUCUUCAAGAAAUGGUCGUACAUUUUCUAUUGUAGAGUACUUAUUUGGAAAUCAGGUAGUGGAGACCUUUCAAUUUAUGAAAUCCUUUUCGCAUUCUGAGAGAACACAUUUUUUAUGGUCUUUCCAUUAUCAAACUUGGAGUAAGGAAUCCAAGACUGUGACUGCUUCCAACAUGGAAACCUAUGAGGAGUUGCUUAAAGAUUUUCCAAAGCGUUUGGAAGCUUCCUUCUGUGAAGAAACCCGAAACAUACGUGCCUAUAAUGAAGUCUCUGGAACUUUUGAAUCUUGUACGCGUUGUAAGUAUUUGAUGGAGCCAAGUGACGUUCUUCUUAUUGGCUGCAGUUUUGCGGACGAAGAACAUUAUUUGCAUUAUUGGUUUCGUUAUUCUGGAGAAUUAGAAAGCAAUAAAGAAAGAUGGAGUGAUGAAGGUGCUCGAGCUCGAGCGGCAAAGAUAGCUUUGAAUUAUGGUCAAGAUAUUCCACAUCACUUAUUUUUUCAACGAGCUUUGUCAAACCAAGAUAAUGCGCAUUUACAUGGUUGGAAAGUGAAUGGUUCGAGUUGUCCUGAAUUGGCUCAAAAGAACUUUGAAAGGAUAUACGAUUUGCAUUUCGUUAUCGCAUUUGUUCCUAAGAAACCAAUUUACAAUGGAGCUCAUAAUAGUAAAGCUUGGAGUGAUUUUCCUCCAGUUGGUCACUUGGUUCUUUAUGUUCGAGAAACCAUGGAACGAACAACUCGUGAACAUUGCAGUCAUGAUUCAUUUUGGUGGUGUAUUAAUGAUUUUUGUAUAACUCGUUGUCAAUCCAUAUCAGAAGUGACUCGUUUUCAUCCAAAUUGGAAAUUACCCGUUGUUUUGGGAUAUAAAGUUCGAAAAUCGUUCCGAUAUAUACCCAAAGUGGAGAUCUCUUAUUCUUUAGCUGAUAUUUAUCAAAGAGCAUGUUCAGUUAUCAUUAAUCCUAUGUCGGAUAGCUUACUUUGUUCGAAUUCAGUUGCCAGUCACUUGUUUCCUCCAAAAGGUUCUUAUAUUGCGUUGGAUGCUGAAUUUGUAGAGACUUCAAGAGAAGUUGCAGAAAUUCAUGGAGAUGGUAGUUACAAGAUAUUGAAGCCUGCACAAAUGAGCUUAGGAAGAGUCUCUGUAGUAUUUUCCACGAUGAAUAGCAGUGAUUCCAACUUUGUCGUGUUGAUGGAUGAUUACCUUGUUCAACGAGAACAUGUUGUUGACUAUCUUACCAAGUAUUCUGGCCUAACUUUCGAAGAUUUGAAUCCUAACACGUCUAAACGUCCUUUGACCACAUUAAAAGCAGUAUAUAUGAAAUUGAGAUGUCUAAUUGAUAACGGAUGCAUCUUGAUUGGACAUGGAUUGAAAAAAGACUUUCGUAUAAUCAACUUUAUAGUUCCGAAAUCCCAAGUCAUUGAUACUGUCGAACUUUAUCGCUUACCACGUCAAAGAUUAUUGAGUUUGCGUUUUCUAGCGGCCACUUUGCUUCAUGAAGAUAUUCAGGGAGUUACUCACGAUUCUGUCGAAGAUGCUCAAACUGCCUGGAGACUAUUCUUCUAUUAUCAGAAAUUACAAGAAAAAGGACUUGUUCCACAGUUAUUGGAGGACUUGUAUAAAUAUGGAAGAGAGCAUCAUUGGCAAUAUUCAUUGGAACAUCCUUUUGUCUCUCCUAUUCUUUAAGAAGUACUAAUAUGGAACUGUUCCAAGUGUUCA